CUCAAUUAAAACUCUACUCUCCUCCUCCCCUUUUAUUCUCCUUUUUAAUUCUACGCAUUCCCACAUCGCCGUUUACUUGGCUUCUUCUUUAAACUUCUCAUCUCUCCGGAGAACUUCUUCUUCUUGUCAUUCCUUGUCACUCUUUGCUUGAGUUGCCUUCACGUGUCCUCCCGUCGUCGCGUCUUGGAGAAGAAAGCCACGUCGAAUACGUAAUUCGUCUACUCCUACAACUUAAUAAAGGCUCUCGUGGUCUCAAUUGUGUCGCUCCCAACGAUCAAUUAACUCGCCCAUCAUGUCUGCGACUCCCGCUACCUUUUACGAGCAGCUGCCGCUGCCUACCAUCGACCGUCCCUUUGGUAUUCACCUGUGGCCCAUCUUCGACAAGGCUUUCACUGCUGUUGUCGGCUACUCUGCCAAUGACUUCAAGUUUGUGCCUUUCGAGACUCCCAUGUCCACCCUCAAGUCGACAUCGAUCUUCAUUGUCAUUUACUACUGCAUCAUCUUCGGUGGUCGCGAGUGGAUGCGCAACCGCGAGCCUUUCAAGCUCAAGGGUCUUUUCUUGAUCCAUAACCUCUACCUGACUCUGAUCAGUGGUACUCUCCUAGCUCUCUUCAUUGAGCAGCUUCUCCCCACUGUUGUCCGUGGCGGUAUCUUCCAUGCUAUUUGUGAUGCUGAGGGUGGCUGGACCCAGCCCCUUGUCGUUCUGUACUACCUCAACUACCUCACAAAGUACCUCGAGCUCCUCGACACCGUCUUCCUGUUCCUCAAGAAGAAGCCUCUCACCUUCCUCCACUGCUACCACCAUGGUGCUACCGCUUUCCUCUGCUACACUCAGCUCAUCGGUUCCACCUCCGUCUCUUGGGUUCCCAUUGUCCUGAACCUCCUCGUCCACGUCGUCAUGUACUGGUACUACUUCCAGAGCGCUCGUGGUGUCCGUGUUUGGUGGAAGGAGUGGGUUACCCGUCUCCAGAUCAUCCAGUUCGUCAUUGAUCUCGGAUUCAUCUACUUCGCCUCUUACACCUACUUCACCUCGACCUACUUCCAAUGGAUGCCCAAUGCUGGCAAGUGCUCUGGCGAGGAGUUUGCUGCUUUCUCCGGUAUCAUCACCAUCAGCUCUUACCUCGUCCUCUUCAUCUCCUUCUACUUCGCCACCUACAAGAAGCAAGGAAAGGCCCCUACCGGCCGACAGAGCCUCCGCCGCAUGUCCCAGGCUCCUCUUCCCGACCCUCACCUGGUCCAGACCACUCCCGUCAAGAAGUCUAACGGUGCCUCUACCACUGGCGCCAAGACCAACAGCGCCUCUGCCCGAUCCCGCAAGGCUUAAGUGGCUGGCCACACCGUCGAAAUAGGACAUGUGUAUUGUAAUCAAUAACUUGGUCUGUGUCGAUGAGUUGCUUCGGUAACGACUGCAUAAUGCUACGCGAGCAUGUAAGCUACCAUCGCGUUGGAGUUGGAUGUGGAUUGAUAUUAGCGGCUUCAAACGUAUAUAAAAAGCAGUUUGGAGAUUUGCUAUUCAAAAACGGUUGAGCUCAGUUGGUUUCACAGCUAAGACCUUCUAUGAAUAAUAGUCCUUAUGUGGGCAGCAAUAAUGACGGAGGGUGUUGACGAUGCUUCUCACGGGUUUUGUUUUACGAGGCGAACAUGGGGGCAUUUUGAAGGACGGGAAUGGUUUUUGGGACCCAAGUCUCGGCCGACUCAGUUCGGCCCCAGGCUACGACGAUCUAUCUAGAACCCUUGUAAUCAAUUUCGCAGCUAUGUAUGAUAGAAUUAUUGAUUCCAGAGUAAAGUCUGGGAAUGAAUGAUAUUGCUAGAUCACUC